CACUUUCAAGCAAGGCCUUGUUGAUCCUGGUAACUACCUCUCCUCCUGGACAAACAGCAGCAACCGAGACUGUUGCUCUUGGACAGGGAUCACGUGCGAUAACCGAACCAAUCAUGUCGUUAUGCUUGAUCUUAGUCAGAAUCCUAUCCGUGGAGUUAUUCCGUCCCAACUUGGAAAUCUUACCGAACUGCAGUUUCUCGGUCUUGGCAGCGACUCUGACGGUGGAAUGAUUGCUGAUAAUCUUGAAUGGCUUUCUCGUCUCCCUUCUUUGACAACUUUCGAAUUGUGGGGUACCAAUUUCACAAAAGCAGGGCUUCAAUCUUUUCAAAUGCCGCCUUCGUUAUCUACCUUGGAAUUCCGUAGCUGUCAAUUUCCACAGUUGCUUGGUUUCACUCUAGAUGGGCUUCAAUCUUUCAAAAUGCCACCUUCCUUAUCUUCUGCAAACUUCUCCAAUGCCCUCACUAGUCUUGAUCUCCAUGAUAAUACAAUUCAUCCCACAGUGCUUUCUUGGUUGCUAAAUUCUAGCACCAACCUUGUUGACGUUACCAUCUCCGGAAACUUUAUAUCCGGUGUGCUUCCAAAUUCCUUCCAGAAAAUGACUUCCCUCACAGAUUUGGUCUUCUCAGAGAAUAUUGUACUUGGAAAUAAAAUACCCAAAUUCUUGGGGAAUCUUACCAACCUACAAACAUUAGAUCUGUCUGGCAACAAUUUUAAUGAAACGCUUCAAGUUGUUUUGGAAAGCCUGCCCGGUCAUUCGUUAAAGACUUUGGAUUUGAGUAGGAACCAACUUGGAGGGUCAAUUCUUGAUGAUGGAAAAAAAUUCCCGUCUUUGACAGAGCUAAACCUCUACGGGAACCUAUUAGAAGGUCUUCUUCCAAACUGUUUAAGUCGAUUUCCAAAUGUUGUUACUUUGGACUUAAGCAGCAAUCGACUCACAGGAUCAUUGACUGAAAGUAUUGGCAAGCUCCAAAAUCUAGAGAGUUUGGAUCUUUCUAAUAACUCUCUGUCUGGGGUUGUCUCUGAACUCCACUUCCAAAAGUUGUCCAAGUUGAAGGUAUUAGACCUAUCAUCUAAUUCUUUGACAUUGAGUUUCAACUCCAAUUGGGCUCCCCCCUUUCAAUUGACUUCCUUAUCAUUGAGUUCUUGCAAGUUAGGUUCGAAAUUUCCUAGCUGGCUCCAUAGGCAAUUUGAUAUUUCACAUCUAGACAUUUCCAAUUCUGGAAUUUCUGGUGCUAUUCCUCAUUGGUUUUCUGAUUUGACUUUCAAAUUGGAGCAUCUAAAUCUAUCUUUCAACCUUAUGAAUAGCACCUUGCCAAACUUUCCAUUUAUGUCUGGUAAUGAUCCUUUUGUUGAUUUGAGUUUCAACCAAUUCCAUGGUCCUAUUCCAUUUUCUCUAUCCAAUGCAACAUAUUUGCAUCUUUCCAAUAACAAGUUCACUGGAUCACUGUCUUUCUUAUGCGACGUAAGAUAUGGAGCAACCAUAUUUCUUGACCUUUCAAAUAAUCUGUUAGUUGGAAGCCUUCCGGAUUGUUUGGGGAAUUUUACGGAUCUAAUUAUUCUUAAUUUGGAAAACAAUGAAUUGUUUGGAGUGAUACCAAGAUCCCUUGGUUUGAUGCACGGCAUUUCCUUCUUGAAUUUGAGGCACAAUAAUUUUUCUGGAAGUUUGCCAUCGUCAUUGAAGGAUUGCACCCGGCUGAGAGUUCUACAUGUUGGAGAGAAUAAUUUGAAAGGGGAAAUACCCUCUUGGAUUGGGGAAAGAUUAACAAACUUGGUCUUUCUGAGUUUAAAAUCAAAUAGAUUUUUUGGAAACAUACCUUCAAAGCUUUGCCAUCUCCAAUCCAUUCAAAUCUUGGAUCUUUCUAUGAACGACAUAUCCGGAUCCAUUCCUUCAUGCAUCGACAAUUUCACCUCAAUGGUUAAAAAACUCAAUCAGGAAGUUACAUCCAUUUCAAUCUAUGAUGGAGCCGAAGGUUAUGAAUCUAUUGCAAUAAUUGUGUGGAAAGGAGUAGAGUACGAAUACAAGAAGAUUCUUGGAUUAUUAAGAAUCAUUGACCUUUCAAGCAAUAGAUUGUUCGGAGAGAUUCCAAAAGAAUUUGUAAAUCUUGCGGAACUAGUUCAACUAAACCUAUCACGGAAUAAUUUGAGUGGAGUCAUCCCUGAGAAGAUUGGAAAGUUGAAUAAGCUCGAAUCAUUAGAUUUGUCCCACAAUAAGCUUUCUGGUAACAUUCCAGUGAGCUUGGCUGAAGUUUAUUUUCUUCAAUACUUGGAUAUUUCGGAUAAUCAACUGUCGGGAAGAAUCCCAACAAGCACGCAAUUGCAAAGUUUCAAUGCUUCUGCAUAUGCUGAGAACCUUGGACUAUGUGGAAAGCCUCUGGACAUUUCAUGCCAUGGAGAUGAAAAUUUGAACGGUACUCCUCCAAAUUCUGGUGGUGACGAUGAAAGCAAUGUUGAAGAUGGCGGAGAAUGGUUCGACAUGUCAUGCUUACGGAUGGGGAUUGGGGUUGGAUUUGCAGUUGGAUUCUGUGGAGUUUGUGGUAAUUUGUUGCUCAACGCUUCUUGGAGACUUGCUUAUUUUCGACUGUUGGAUAACUUUGGAGACUUUCUUUAUGUCAUAAUUGCUGUCAAAUGGGCCACAAUCAAGAGAAGGUUUUCCAAUUAA